UUCACCUUCGUCAGUUCGUCUCACAGACCAGAGGGCUAUCCAACCUUAAUUCUUUCUUAACCAUGAAAAAAACGGCCAAAGCCCGCCUAGCCAACUGUCUAGCGCCUAGUCGCCCGCCUGAACGGCCUUCCAACCUCAGCCCGCCCAAAAGCUCCGAUUUGACACUACUCGAGUCGGAGAGCCGACGCCCAGCGCCUAGGCGCCGCCUAGGCGGCUUGGGCGGCCGAGUUUUAGAACACUGAUUUAAAUCUUGUCGCAAUAUUCGGAUCUGUCACAUCAAAAACUCUUUUAGUCUCUAAACCCAAAACACUCUUCCCUGUGACACACUACCUUCUUCUGCAGAAAACCCAGAAAUGGCUCCGCCAAAGAAAAUCAUCAUCGAUCAAGAGGAGGAAAUCACUGAGGAGGCCGCCCAUACCUGGGGAACUGGCAUUGGCGCUCGAUGCUUCGCUCGCACCACCGUCCAGAGACCCUUGCUACUCAGUUUCCCCAAUUCUCAGGCCGGGCUGGGUCCUACUCCGCGAGACUCUAUUCUAGAAGACGCCAUUGCUCUCUACGGCCUGCCGAUUCGCCGUCCCAUCCCAGUCUUCCAAAGGACUCCCGGAGAUUUCAGUAGUUGGGGCCAGCGUCAGUACAAAGCCAAAAUAAGGUUUUGGCCCACAAUUAGCGUAGAGGAACUCGCCUGGUAUUGCGAAGUUCGAGCAAGGGAUCUGGCCCGCUGGGACGCAGUAGGCAUUACCCACACCAUUGAUUUGUGCUUCCAACUCCCUAACGGUGGCCAUCGCUCGCCCCUGGCCGCAAUUCUUUGCUUUUGAAACACUGCCACCAACACCUUCGAUUUCAGGUUUGGUCAAAUGAGCAUAACGUUGCUGGACAUCCUCACCAUCACGGGGCUUCCUAUUGAUGUUGAGCCUUAUGUACAUGACCAGUUCGACGCUGUUGCAUUCCCUUCGCAGAUGGUUCAAACCAGCCGCGCCCACCACAGCCACUCUUAUCCUCAAUGGCGAACCCAUUACUGUAAAGAAUGCAAUGCGACUGCCUUCUUGGAAUACUGGCUCUGCAAAUUCAUUUUCUGCACUUCUUCCAACAAGCCCACUGGUCCUUGGGCUUCUCUGGCGACUGCCCUCUACAACGGCCGCAGUGUCGGCCUUGGGCAACCAGUACUGGGCGCGCUAUACCGCACUCUUUAUCAGGCCACCAUGCACCUUUUUGAAGUGAACAUUUCUAGACCCUUUUGGAUCCUAGACUUCUGGAUACAAGUUUACUUCCCACACUUCCACCGGUUAGACAUCCCAAAGUUUCCACCGGCUGACGCGCUUCUGGGUCAAUGGCUCUGCCGCGGGGAAAGGUACAUCUCCCCUCCUUACUCUGAGUAUUUUUCAUACUUGUACCUCCUCGACGAGAUACCAGACUCGGAUCUGGUGCUCAACCGAAGGUUCCCGCCUCCUCUUGAACAUGGAUUCCUGCCUAGGGACCCAGAUUAUAGCAACUGCGGGAGUUUGGCUUUCUGUCGCGCCAUCUCUUGCUCAGAUAUCAGGCUCGCGGCUGAUGAUAUCAGUUAUGAACUCUACGCUCCCAACCACUUUGCUCGCCAACUUGGGUUAGCCCAAUUGGUGCCUUUCCCUCUUUACGAUGCUUGGAACUACAACACUUCAUGGCGCAGAGUUGGCCCCGCAACUGGGCCUCCUCUGGCCCAAAGCAUGCUCUCCUUGAUCAAUCUUCCGAAUUGGGCCGAUGAACUUAUCCCCUUUGACGGAGUCGCCGAGGGCUAUGACCACUGGUGGUCCCAGGUCUCUGUUAACUGCUAGGAUCAACAGGAUGACGAGCUCUUCGCGACACUCUUCCGCGAUUUGAGGUACCCCUACGAUAUUUCUGAAUUGCUCUCACGCUUCCCUGAGAACGGGGCACAACCUCCGCGACUUGUGAAGGCCGGCGACCCGCACGAGCCCCGCGUCCUGCUUAAGCCGGGAUCAUUAUUUUCGAACCGAUACAAGAGCGGACAAAUCAACCACCCUCCGGCGGUCAAUCAGUCAAUCCUUAUUUGGCCAUUGGUCAGGUCGCGAAGCAAAAAGCUAUAACGAAGGAACCUGAAGUCACAGACUCCUCUGAUGAUGAAGACCCACAGGAGGUCGCCGCCGCUCUGGCCCGCAAACGUAGUCGUUCCGACCCUCCGACCCUCGGAGCGACCCCUGGGAAGAUGAUGAACCGCUCGCCUAUCGGCUGGUUCGUCAUAGGACUACAGGCCCCUCGCGAUAGAGUGGGGAAGGACCUUCUAAUAUAGGGGAGGGAGCGGCCUCUUCGCAGGCCCAAAGGCCCUUAAGCCCAAUUGCUUCUCGGCAUCUAGCCCAUGCUGCAAACCCUUCACCAUCGUCCCCGGUAUCUGUCCAGAUAGUCGACGAUAGUUCGCCUGAGGUUGAGGAAAGGAUGCCCCCUCCGUAUACUCCUACCGAGGAACCUCUACGGUCUAGCGUGCUGGAGCAAGUAGUGCCUGAUUCUGAACCUGAUGCUGCUAUAAGUAGCUAAGAACAGGCGGUGACAGACGCGCCGGUCCCCGUACUCACAGUCUAAGAUGUUCCCAUUACCACCCCAGCACCACUUGCUGAUGAGGCCCUGUCGACCCGGAUGUUGUGGAUUAAGCAAACAGCGAGCCUGCCCCCCUUGCCCCCCACGUUCACGAAGCAGCAGCGGAGAUGAAUCUUCAGCCGGUACUGGAAUUGGCAGUCCCCAUCGCGGAGCCUCACGAAGCUUCGGUCAUUAUUGCUCUUGCUCCGCCGUCGGCGCAUUCCGGCGAGCCUUCCAGAUUAGAGCGAUUAGCUCGCGUGCUCGAAGUAACCCCUCCCGGAGUCGUGGAGGAUGAUAGGGAAGGUCUUCACCGACUUCUGGGCCCUGAUCUGCUACUACUUGGUGCCCCUAUACGAGCCCUGGAAUAUCUCAGAGUACUUCUUCACGAAGCCGCCAUCUCUGAAGCCCAGUUUCAAGACAUUGACAAGCUGCUGGAAGAUCUUCCCAAAUUGUGCAAUAACAAGGUGCCCGCGAUGGUGCGAGCCAGACAAGCCCAAACGCAGCAUCAGGCCCUUGCUUAACAGAUAGACGCCUUGAGAGAUUCUCUAGGUGAACGGGCCUCCUACCUCAGAGAUAUGGAGCUCAAGGAGAAAUAUCUUGAGUCCCAGAUCAAGGAUCUCCAGGCCUAACUAGAUACUGUGAGGGCUAGGAUUACCCAUGCAGAAGCCCAAUUGGAGCUGCCUUUGGCCGCUUCCGAAGCGCUAUCUCAAAAUCUGGCCCAAGCUUGCAAAGCAGGCCAACAGGCCGAACAAGCUACCAUUGAUGCCAGCUUCCAUCUGGAUGACUAUUUCCUCCGCCUCUCCUACGAGGGCCGGGGGCUUUAGGCCUCUAGUAUUAGGCCCAUUAGUUUUUGUAAUAUGAACGCUAUCAGUCUAGUAAUAUUAUUUAGUCAUUUAGUCCACUCAAUGGCCCAAAUAUGCCCUCUUAGCCAUUAAUUCCUUUAACUUUGCCUUAGCUGUAAAUUAAAGCGGUUGAGAACUGAUAAUCUCGAAACCGAGCAAUUACCUCCUUGAAGACCGUCCCGUCCCCCACGCGUCUUUAAUUUUCCAUCAUUUCAGAUAUCAUGGCAUUUAAUCUCAUUGAUGGCGUUGAAUACCUUCAACUGUCCAUCCAAGGGCUGAGGCCACUCAGAUUGGCUCUAUAUAUACCUCUGUACUACGGAGAAGAGAAAAAUCAGAAACAUGGCUUACCUAGAGAUGACCCUGCAAGCCAUACUCCUCUUCCUCCUUCUCCAGAAAUCCUCCCCUCACGAUCUCUCCUCUAGCCUCUAAAUCCUAGGCUUUAUGGCGAAAUCUCAAGCCUGAGAUAGGCCUUAUGGCUUAAUCUCAGGCAACGUCGUGUCUUGGCCUCUGAAAGGCUGGGUGGAACAUCCUACGCUUCGGAUAAGUUAAAGAUCACGACGGGCUCCUAACACGGGAUACCACCUUCUGAGGAGUCAUCUUCUCAAGGUUCCCUUGCGCGGAGCAUGCCAGAGAAGGGCAGGAAACCGCCUUCUGACCCCUACUCUUCUUCGGCGCCCUACCUCCUGGACUUAACGGACCGAACUUCCGUUUUGUCCCCGAGAUGAAUGGGGCAACUUGGCUGCGCUCACCUCUGAUGUCCAUCUUUAAUGAGGCCUUUGGCCUGAAGGAUGGACAACUGGAAGGGUUGGGAUGAAAGCGGGCACUUCCCUUCCCAUCCUUUGAGUACAAACGAUAGCGGCUGCAGCCAGGGUUCAAGAGAGAAGGGUGAAGAGACAAAGGCCCAUUGCUGAGCCCCUCUUGAAAGAAGAUCCAGAAGACUUGAAAGUUUGCAUUUUAGAACUUGUAACUUUGCCAUUGUAAUCUUGUGAAUGUACUGUAUUGCUUUU